CACAUACUCACUCACUCACUCACUCACGCACGUACGCACCCCUCGCUUCUUUUUGAGCGAAGGCGAACACCUGUUCGCUUGGUUGUGGUUUGGCCGGACCCCCACUUCCGGCCGAAUUGAGGAGAUCCAACUUUCCGAGAGCCAUCGCUUUGUCCACUACUCGUCUUUCGUAGUACCGAAUCAAAGUGCGAGCCUGCUGUUUCGUUUACGAGGAAUAUCUUACGUUAUCGUUCCUUCGAUCGAAUAGUGCGUGAUUUGAAGAAGACAAUACAAUAUCUUAUCUAUUUUAUCGAUCGAUCAUUUUCAUCGUCUAUUAUUUAUCGUGAUCAAUUUUUCUAGAUUUUUUUUUAGGAAAAAAGAACGAACAAAUUUGCAAGGAAAGUGAUCCUAGCUAUAUAUGUGUGUGUAUGUGUGAGACAAAGGACAGGUGCAUCGUAGAAAACAGGUGGAUUAUUAGGUCCUAUUUAUUUUGUUCUUACUUGAGUUACCUCAGAGUUCUAUGAUUGAUGGCUAAUACGGUUCCGGAGAUAAACGGCGUUCGUGAUGCAUCAGGCAAGAUCCGAGCCGGUGGAUUAUGACAUUGAGUCGCUAUGGGGACCAGCUUACAAAAGAUCGUGCCUCUUCUUUCCUGCAUGCUCCAAUUUAUUGCCGGACAAUUGAUCCGAGACACGAGAUGUUUUUUGGAAAACGGUGCAACGGCGGCUCAUCUCUUUGUCAACGAGGAUCACGCAGUUGGCGAUAUCGUCGGCGUUCUUGGUGUCUUGGGAGAUCCAGGACCACACGGAGACAUUAAGUUGAGACUUCAAGAACUUGAUAGUCCUGUCGAGUUUUCACCUUAUUCGAAAAAUUUAACAUUAACUAGACCACUGGAUAAAGAAGGUGUUGAUGGACCUGCCAGCGUUUACGUUAACGUUAUUUGCGAAAGAAAACGUACUUUAGAUCCCGGUUUCGUGAUACCAGUUAAUAUUCGCGUGACUGAUGCCAAUGAUAAUGCGCCUCAAUUCGUGAACGCUCCUUACGUAUUGAAUAUUUCUGAGGUCACGGUCGUUGGCACAAGAGUAUUGCAGGGUGUCCGAGCAGUGGAUGCAGAUCAACCAGGGCCUUAUUCUACCGUGCAAUAUGCCGUUUUACCGGGACCUCAUUCGGAAUAUUUCGUUUUUGUGAAUGCGUUAGAAGGCACGUUAGUAUUAAGAAAACCUUUGGAUUACGAAGCUCUUACAAAUUUCUCCAUUGAUAUUCGAGCACAAGAUCAAGGUAAUCCUCCACGAUCCUCGACCACGACGUUAUACGUGAACGUCAUCGAUGCCGAUGAUCAAAAUCCUUCGUUUCUCAAUGAUCAGUACAAAGUCAAACUUCCUUCGCAAAUUAAAACGAGAACAGUUUUGAAAGUGGAGCCAGCAUCGAUAAAGGCUGUUGAUCAAGACGUUGGUAUAAAUGCUCCUGUUAGAUAUACCAUUCAAGGAGGAAUUUUACCUUUUCUUCUUUUAAAUCCUGACACUGCCGAAAUAGUUAUUAUACGAUCGUUGCAAGAAAAUGAACUCUUGUCGCCUGCUACGAUCGUCGUUAAAGCUACUCAGAUAGACAAUCCUGAUAGAUAUGCAUUGGCGACUAUCGUUGUAUCUCGAGAGGAUACUUAUGGAACAGGUCCUACUGCAGGUGGCCGAGUACCUACGAAGUUCACGCUAAAAGAUUAUCAAAUAAAAAUUCCGGAGAAUACACCGCCUGGUAGCGUUAUUCUAACUAUGAGCGUCAAUAGAGCUGAUUCUCUAUUAAGAUUUUGGCUUGUUGGAGCAGUUGAAGAUUUGGAAAGGUUCUCCGUAACUCCUUCUGGCGAAUUAAUUUUGAAGGGUACUCUUGAUUAUGAGAAAAGAACUCAACAUAGUUUUCUAGUUCAAGUUACUGAUGGUUACUUUAACGAUACAUCCAGAGUCAAUGUAUCGAUUGAGGAUGUGAAUGAAUGGGAACCACGAUUUCGACAUCCCAGAUAUGAAUUCCAUGCUCGUUCUUUAAAAGAAGGAUCUAUUGUCGGAAGAUUGGAAGCCGCGGAUGGCGACAGAGACGAUAUGAUUCGAUUGUCUUUAAGAGGUCCAGAUGCAAGGUCAUUUGAAAUACAUGACAAUGGUGAGUUGAUUUUAAGAUCUGUGAAUACCAUAAAUGGUUCAAUGGCUCGUUUAGUAGCAGUUGUUUCGGAUUCAGGACGUCCUCCAAGAUCGAGCAUGGUACCUGUAAUAGUUCAUAUACCGAACGGUGCCUCCUUACCCGUAGCAGCAAGGGCUGCACCUGCUUGGUUGGGAAGCAGUGUUCUUUUAGUAGCAGUUUUUGGAGCUGUUUUAGGACUACUUGGAGUUGUUAUACUUAUUCUUAUUCUUUACAUAUAUAAACACAAAGGGAGCAAAAGUGGUGGAUCUGUAAGUUCCGUUGGAACCGGAUAUCGCGAGAAAUCGCCGGUGCCAUCAGCUUUAAGUCCAACGCCACAAGUAUUAGGAGCCAGUGCUCUUCAAGAUACUUCAGAGAACAGCUACAGGAAGCGUUCUACCACGAAUGAGAGUGGAAGUAACGUUAACGAGACCGUCACCGAUCUCGACGCACCUGGUUUCGGAGAAUUGAACGAGCGAGCCUACGCCGCCACGAUCAAAAGUAUGUUCCCGUCACGAGUAAUUCAUGACGGUACGAUGCGCUCUUCGCACCGUUUCGAACGGCGAUUCGUACGAGCUAGCUCAAGUGUCGCAUCGGCUAGACAGCUACCUCUCUAUGCUAGGCAUAAGAUCGCACCAGCCCCGAAUCCACCUGCCUUAUCAGCAACCUCAAACAUUCCAAAUAUCGGCGGUCUUGUUCAAAACAUGAAUGACUUGAGUGCAAGGAGCAAUCUCGAUGCAACUUCCCACGAUUCAUCCACUUGCUCCGGUGACCCACCGGACUCUCUGAUGACUGUCUGGCCAGUAGGAUCUAUGUCUCCGAGAGUUAAGAAACUUUCCUGGGACGACGACGAUAGGACUGUGGAAAGUAUCGACGUAAGAGCAGAAACCAGGCCAGGAAGCACUAAAACUGAGACCGAACGUCUAAAUCUUACCGUUUAUUUUUGAAAUUGAAUUCGAGAUACGAUAUUGCUUUUUCUACACUUCGCAUUGAAAAAAAGUGUGUGUCAUUGUUAAUAUCAUUACAACUUAUUUGAAUAGGAAAAACGUAUUUUUUUUUUCUUCGGAUUGCGAAAGACAAUAAUAUUAUUAUAUCAGAAUCGAAGAUAUUGAUUUUAAUUCGUAUAAAUUGGAAUUAAUAUUGGAUAAAUUGUAAUCAAUAUCUUUGAUUAAUAAUAAGAAUUCAUUCUACGGUCGGGUAAUACAUUGUACGAUCACGUAUCGCUUUAUCUAUAUUCUUGUUUAUUCAUACGAUUAGAUACUGAAGCAUACAUAUUAACACAAAUGGUUUUCAACUCUACGUAAUCGAGACGAUCAUCGAGGUCAGUAGGUCGAUCUUUGCGGACGAUCACUUAUUCAGGAGGUAGACCCGGAUUUUGCGAUAUCAUGAUCGAGCCGAAAUAAAGGGACCAAUCCGUAGUUCGAAAAAAUUUCGGAUAUUGCGGAUAUGUAUA